UCGCUGCAGCCACCUCCGCCGCGGACUCUGGCAGCUGUCUCGCUAGAGUCCCCGAACUCUCGCUUUCUUUUUCACCCGCUGCACCGGACCACCAGCGUGCCCCACCAUGUCAGACGCGGCCGUGGACACCAGCUCCGAGAUCACCACCAAGGACCUGAAGGAGAAGAAGGAGGUAGUGGAGGAGGCGGAGAACGGCAGAGACGCCCCCGCCAACGGCAAAGCUAAGGAGGAGAAUGGCGAGCAGGAGGCCGACAACGAGGUAGACGAGGAGGAGGAGGAGGAGGAGGAGGAAGGCGAUGGUGAGGAGGAGGACAGGGACGAGGACGAGGAGGCCGAGGCAACUACAGGCAAGCGGGCGGCGGAGGACGACGAGGACGACGACGUGGACACCAAGAAGCAGAAGACCAAUGAGGAUGACUAGACAGCAGAAAAGUAAAAGUUAAACUAAAAAAGGCCGCCGUGACCUGUUCACCCUCCACUUCCUGUCUCAGAAUCUAAACGUGGUCACCUUCGAGUAGAGAGGCGCCCGCUGCCGCGGCAGCGCCACCGACACUGCUCUCCACGCCCCACGAAACCACACGCGAAUUUGCAACAGGGAGGAAAAACCAAAACUUCCAAGGCCCUGCUUUUUUUCUUAAAAGCACUCUAAAAAGGAAAAUUUGUUUGUAUUUUUUAUUUACAUUUUAUAUUUUUGUACAUAUUAUUAGGGGUCAGCCAGUUUUGAUGAUCGCGGAUGACCAAACCAGCCUUCCGAAGCUUUCUGACCUACUUCCGACUUUACUUGUGGUGUGACCAUGUUCAUUAUAAACUCAGAGGAGAAAAAAAACCUUGUAAAAAAAGCAAAAACAACAA